AUGUCCUCCACCGGCGCCAUCAUCACUGCCUUCGGCCAGGGUUCUAUCUUGAUUACCUUCUACGACAACCUCCAGAACCCUAUUGAUGCUCAGUCGGUCAACGGUCGCAAGAACGGUUCUUACAAGUGGUCGAUCAACCCCCUCAACAUUGGAGGUCUCCAAAAGUACUCUUUCUCGAUCGAGAACAAGGGAUUUUUGAUGGUUCAGGUCAACUGGGACGGUCAAACCCAAAACUUAACCAGCGGUGCCAAUACCAUCGCUUUUGACCUCUGGAACACCAAGUCGUUCACCCCCUCCAAGACUGAUGCUCCCCCAGCUCAGCACGUUGGUGGAAUCACUCUCCUUGAGCAGCCUUAA